CGGAGUGCAGAACUGGCUGCCAGAGCUAACCCGCUGUGGACGAGUAAGCAGAGGAGGGCGGGUAUAUGCUCAUUAUCCGGAAGCACAGUACUAGCACUGUUUCAGAAAGACCGUGAGACAGGCAGAGGCUGUUCACUUAAGCGCACUGAGCAAGACUACGCAGGUGGCCAGUGCCACAUUUCGCCGCGUAGUAGUUGACAGUCGCUUUUUUCGGAAUUGUCGUUACCGAUCCGACUACAGUAGUCAAAUUCUAGUUACCUUUGAACUUGGUUGGUGCUGCAGGCACGUGUCAAAUAGGUUGCUUGAUCAUCGAACUCCAGGGAAGCUGCUGGCUGGAACAUGCUCCUUUUGUCACCGUUUGUUGCUUUUGCCUGCUGAAAGAGUGACCUGUUUUGAUUGCUACACAUCUGGAUUUGGUCAAAAAUGUCAGUCAGUAUGCACGAGAAUCGCAAGUCAAGAUCUAGCACAGGAUCCAUGAAUAUUUACUUAUUUCAUAAGUCUUCUUAUGCUGAUAGUGUCCUUACUCACCUGAAUCUCCUGCGUCAGCAGCGGCUCUUUACGGAUGUCCUCCUUCAUGCUGGAAAUCGAUCAUUUCCUUGCCACAGAGCUGUUUUAGCAGCUUGCAGCCGCUACUUUGAAGCCAUGUUCAGUGGGGGGCUCAGAGAAAGUCAGGCCAGUGAAGUGAACUUUCAUGAUUCUAUCCACCCUGAGGUCCUUGAACUUCUCCUAGACUAUGCUUACUCUUCAAGGGUAAUGAUCAAUGAAGAAAAUGCAGAAUCGUUGCUGGAAGCCGGAGACAUGCUGGAGUUCCAAGACAUCCGAGAUGCCUGUGCAGAAUUCCUAGAGAAGAACCUCCAUCACACCAAUUGUCUUGGAAUGUUGUUGCUCUCUGAUGCCCACCAGUGCACCAAACUGUAUGAAUUGUCUUGGAGGAUGUGCCUGAGCAACUUCCCCACUAUCUGUAAAAGUGAUGACUUCCUUCAGCUUCCAAAGGAUAUGCUGGUGCAGCUUCUCUCCAGUGAAGAGUUGGAGACUGAAGAUGAGAGACUGGUAUACGAGUCUGCCAUGAACUGGGUGACCUGUGAUCUGGAGAGACGUCACUGUUUCCUUCCAGAACUGUUACAGACUGUGCGGCUGGCUCUUCUUCCAGCCAUCUAUUUGAUGGAGAAUGUAGCCAUGGAAGAACUAAUUUUCAAGCAGAAGAAAAGCAAGGAGAUUGUUGAAGAAGCCAUUCGAUGUAAAUUAAAAAUCUUACAGAAUGAUGGGGUUGUCACAAGCCUGUGUGCCAGACCUCGCAAAACGGGCCAUGCCCUGUUCCUUCUUGGAGGACAGACAUUCAUGUGUGACAAGCUCUACCUUGUAGACCAAAAAGCCAAAGAAAUAAUUCCCAAAGCUGACAUCCCAAGUCCGCGGAAGGAGUUCAGUGCUUGUGCUAUUGGAUGCAAAGUGUACAUCACUGGAGGACGGGGAUCAGAAAAUGGUGUUUCUAAAGAUGUUUGGGUGUAUGAUACGCUUCAUGAAGAGUGGUCAAAGGCUGCCCCCAUGCUUGUUGCCAGAUUUGGUCAUGGUUCUGCAGAGUUGAAGCAUUGUUUGUAUGUAGUUGGGGGGCAUACAGCUGCAACAGGCUGUCUCCCUGCAUCACCUUCUGUAUCUCUAAAACAGGUUGAACAAUAUGAUCCCGUGACCAAUAAGUGGACUAUGGUAGCCCCACUUCGAGAAGGUGUGAGCAAUGCAGCAGUGGUGAGUGCAAAACUCAGACUGUUUGCCUUUGGAGGCACAAAUGUAAGUCAUGAUAAACUGCCAAAGGUCCAGUGUUACAAUCCUUGUGAAAACCGAUGGACUGUGCCAGCUACUUGCCCACAGCCGUGGCGCUACACUGCUGCAGCAGUACUUGGUAAUCAGAUUUUCAUCAUGGGUGGAGAUACUGAAUUCUCUGCUUGCUCAGCUUACAAAUUUAAUAGUGAAACCUACCAGUGGACUAAGGUAGGGGAUGUCACAGCUAAGCGAAUGAGCUGCCAUGCUGUUGCAUCUGGAAAUAAACUGUAUGUGGUUGGGGGCUAUUUUGGCACACAGCGAUGUAAAACCUUGGACUGCUAUGACCCUACAUUGGACACGUGGAAUGGUAUCACUACUGUGCCAUACUCUCUCAUUCCUACUGCAUUUGUUAGUACCUGGAAGCAUCUUCCAUCAUAGGAAAGAAAGAAGGUGCAAAUACAUCUUGUUACUGUGAAGCAGCCUGCCUGACAUUUCAUCUGUGAAGUGACUCCAAUUUGGACUGUGCAAUGAAGAAAAAAUGUUUGCUUGAAACCAUCAAGCACCUUUUCAAAUACUCGGCUUAUGAAGGGAAAAAUGUAGCUGUUACAUGCUUUAAGCAUCUUUGAUCUGAGUCCAUAAGCCUAUGACUCGCGGGUGCUGGCAUAAAUCAAGAGUUAAUGACUGUGCAAGUUAUUUUUGUGCAAGAAGCCCUGCCAACAGACCUCACAGAACAACUCCUCAAGCUGCAUUUAAAACUGGACCAUACAUGUGCGUGACAGCUUUUCUGCUUAUGUUGAGCUGUUGAAGCAAGGGCGCCAGCUGUCAUGAAGGAUGUGUACCACUUAUAAACCCACUUCUUGGUUUUUUGAAGUGAAAGUACUGGUUGUGCCUCUGGAUGUGAGGGGCCCUGAUGACUGGAUCUUUCAGAGAUGUUUGGCCCAUGUUGCUGCCAUCAUCUGUGCUGCCUAUGGUGUAUAUCUAAAGACCAUGACUACAGCAGAGAGCAAAACCUGAAAAAUCCUUUCUAUUUAUUCCUUCAGCCACGGGACUUUUCUAUUUAUACAAGGCUGAACUAAUUCUAUGCUGUUUGUGCUGUACUUCUGUUGUAGACUAGCUAUUUAUUGUUGAAUGCUUUUAUAAUUCUGUACUUCAGUACAUCAUUUUUUCACCUGUAGUGGAUUGACAUGAAUGAGUAGUUUAUUGCAUUUUGCACAUACUGUCAUGUUGUUCCCCACCCCCACACGUGAGACAGACUGUUUCAGGGACAAAUGUGUGAGAUCAGAAAGCCUUUAAUUCAGCUUAGAAGUAGAAUCUAAGGAAAGGUUAGUUUCAGGCCAAUAAUUUGUACACUUGCAUGUAUAAUUUCACUUCUGUCCAGAUUUGUAAUGUUGAAAUUGUUCCACUUGAGCAUUUCCUGUGCUUAGCUAUAGGUUUUGCUGUCUGUAUUAAAAGUCUUUUGCGUUGCUCAGUGGAAGAAAGUGAUAUGCACACUAAUAGAGAUGAAUGUGGAUCAGUCUCUGAGAUGAAGUACCCCCCCCAUGUCUUUUUUUUGUACAGAUGACUUUUUGCUCUUCUGAGUCAUUCUGUAGAUUGUGUUCUUUCACAUUGGUCUGAGUUUUUCUGCUGCAUCGCAGUUUGCUUGGAAUGAUUUGUAUAGUAUUCUUUGCCUAAGAGUUGCAUGUCGUUAAAUUGAACCCACACCUUUCUUUUUUAUACGUGGUAAAAGUGAAUCUUCUUUUAAUCUCCAUGCUUUUGUAGGAGAGGUGAAGUAUGACCAGUUACCAAGAAAUAUGUCUGAAUUUCGCAGCAUACUUUGUGUGUGUGUGUGUGUGUGUGUGUGUGUGUGUGUGUGUGUGUGUGUGUGUGUGUGUGUGUGUGUGUGUGUGGUCUGUUUUAUUAAUUCACUCACUGUACUAGGGUGUACUAGGGUCCAUAUAAUGUUCAUAAGCAUAUAUAUGAAUGUAAUGAACAACGAGCCAACUUAAACAUUUUUAAUUUAUUUAUUUGGAACAAGCCACUCUGGUUUUCUGUGUUAAUCUUGUUUCCACUUGUCUACAGCUGGUGGAAGUAGCUCUCAUGGACUUGGAACAGGGAUCCUUGAUAGAAUGCAGACCACUAAAACAGGCAAGAGCUAAUGAUUGUAAUGAUGAACAUGAGUGGUGAGAAUACUCCUGAUGACUUGUACAUAAAGUGGUGGAAGACCCCCAUUUCAGCAGUUCCCUGCUGUAAUUUGUUCAAUUUCGAUAUAGUCCACUGAUGUGAUAACCAAACACAUGAUUGAAGCAAGACUUUCAGAAAGUCUGAAACCUGUACUUAGCAAGUGUACUAAAGGAGUCUCAAAUUCCAUGUUUCAAGUCCUGUGGAAACCUCUCUAGUCGUCAGUGCCACUUUUUUUUUGGGGGGGGGGGGUCUGCUUGCAGUAUUUCGGCUUUCUAGAUGGCAUUACUGUGCAAGUGCUGUCUUGACUUCAGCACAGUGUUUGUGUCCGUGAGAUGCUUAUGGUAAAGUAGCUGUUAAAGUUAUAGUUCUGCUUACAGCCAAGACUAAUAAAAGGUAUUUCAGCUGUAUAUUACCAACAUACACAGACACUAAUUACAUUCAUUGAGGCUUUGAUGCUGAGAGAUGUGGGUAGGUGGUGGAUAACUUUUCUAGUAGGCAUAUUUCAUACUUGUAGAAUUGCCGUUAGAUAUUUGAAGGAAAUUUUACUACUAAGAUCAUUGUACUGAAAAAAAAGUCACUCUAAUAUCUGACACUGGUUUUCCACAGCUGUAUUUAAAGUGCGUAAGAGAGUAAAGGUAUUUUGGGACCAUUUUAUAUUAGACCAAAUUAUAUGCUUAAUUUAGGUAGAAAUAAACUAGGGUGGUGGGUCUCUGGCUCAGCAGCAUUCUGAACUCCCCUUUACAAAUGAUGUAGUAAUUGAGGCUUUUUCCUCGACUAUUUAUGAUCUGCAAAACCAUCAAUGGUUAAAUAUGAGUGCAGUUUAUGGCACACUGCACUCAAAUCUUGGCAGAGUAGGAGUGGGUUCUUUCUAUUUUGUGAUCUGGUUGCUUUGGAAACAAAGCACAAUAGGAGGCAGCCUUCUGUUUCCAUUGCAAUUGCGUUCACUCGGGCCUGACACCUGUCUGAAAAAGACUGAUUAGUACUGAAUAAUGUCUGUACUUAUUCUAAAUGUGGUUUGGAUUCAAAACAGAUCUGUACAGGAAUGACAUGUCAGUAUGUGCUGAGAGUGCAUUUUGGUACUGCUUUUCAUGUUUUGCAAAACUGCAAUUUUUCACAAUGUGAAAUUGAAGGUCAGUAAACCUGAAUCUAAAAGAGGUCUUCUGUUUUGGGAGCAGUCCCUUUAUCUGGAUGAAUUUUGUUGUCUUUUUGUAUGCACUUUUUCAUUAUGGUGGUUACCGUUUUAAAUAAAAAAAAAAAAAAGAAAACCUG